GAAGGGUCAAGGCCACGAGUGUGACGCUUGCGAGUGACUGCAGGUGUUUUGCAGCAUGUUCAGUUUAUCAGAAUUAUUUAUUUAGAUUGUUUAUUGCAUGCAGAGAGUGCUGCUGGUUUCCAUAAUUUGAGGCCAAAACAAGGCAGGAAUGGAAAGCAAAGGAGCAGAGGGAGGAAAAUUAUGGGGUGGUCGUUUCACUGGAGCCACAGAUCCUGUAAUGGAGGCUUUUAAUGCCUCAAUAGGUUAUGAUAAGCGUAUGUGGAAGGCAGAUAUUGAGGGAAGCCAGGCAUAUGUUAAAUCACUGCAGAAGGUUGGAAUAGUGACAGCAGAGGAGUGUCAAACCAUAAUCCAGGGACUUGACAAGGUCAAAGAGGAAUGGAUGAAUGGAUGCUUUGAAAUCAAGCCUCAGGAUGAAGAUAUUCAUACUGCAAAUGAGCGCAGACUGAAGGAACUUGUGGGAGUGGUUGGAGGUAAACUGCACACAGGUCGCAGUCGAAAUGAUCAGGUAGCAACUGACAUGCGACUGUGGCUUGGUGAUGCAGUACUUUCAUUGCGGGGACAUCUUGUAUCACUGCUGUCUGUUAUGUGUCGCAGAGCUGAAGCUGAGCUAGAUGUUUUGAUGCCUGGGUACACCCAUCUGCAGAGAGCACAACCGAUCAGAUGGAGCCACUGGCUGAUGAGUUAUGCUUGGAUGGUUCAUCGAGAUGUUCAGCGACUUGACCAGCUGCGAGAGAGAGUUCUGACUCUUCCACUAGGCAGUGGUGCUUUGGCAGGAAAUCCAUUUAAUGUGGACCGGCAGUUCCUUAGACAAGAACUGGGAAUGAGCAGUGUGUCGCAAAAUAGUUUGGAUGCAGUCAGUGACAGGGACUUUGUUGUGGAGUUUCUUUUUUGGGCUUCCUUAUUGAGUAUACAUCUUAGUCGCUGGGCUGAGGAUCUUGUCCUGUACUCCACGAAGGAGUUUGCAUUUAUCACACUCUCCGAUGCCUAUAGCACUGGGAGCAGCCUCAUGCCGCAGAAAAAGAACUCAGACAGUUUGGAGCUGAUUAGGGGAAAAUCAGGACGAAUCUAUGGAAAUUGUUGUGGAUUCAUGAUGUCGCUGAAGGGAAUCCCCAGCACAUACAACAAGGACCUACAGGAAGACAAGGAGGCUAUGUUUGAUACUUACGACACUCUGAUGGGCGUUCUUCAAGUGGCCACUGGGGUUCUGUCAACCUUGAAGAUUGAUCGUAAGGCCAUGGAAGAAGCUCUGAGUCCAGACAUGCUGGCCACUGACCUUGCUUACUACCUUGUCAAAAAAGGGAAGCCUUUCAGAGAUGCACAUAGCAUUGCUGGUGAAUGUGUGGCAUUGGCAGAGAAGAAAGGCUGCAUUUUAUCUGAUCUUUCCUUAGAAGACAUGAAGACAGUCAACAAUCUUUUCGAGGAAGAUGUAGCUUCUGUCUGGAACUACAGCCAUUCUGUAGACCAGUACUCAGCUGAGGGAGGCACAGCUGCCUCCAGCGUCAAGGAGCAAAUAUCUGCAUUGUCUGCUUGGCUAGCCAGCAACUCUGCCUAGUCAGUGCAUUCAUUUUAUUGAUCUGUGACUGUGGAGUUUGUUUAAAGCAGAAAAAAGAAAAAAUUUUUCAAUUGAAAUUGAAGACAAGUACAGAUUUUGGUUCUAUCUACCCCCAUCGGACAGUAAUAUUGUUGCUAAAAAUAAACUAAGAUGAUGUCCUACGAACUCCAUGAAAUAGUCUGACAAUGUUUUAUGAAUCAAUGUGCAAAAUUAUUAAACAGUUCCAAAAAUUGGGGAUUUUUGUUUAAUCUGUUAGUGUAGUAUAUAUUUGUGAAACACCAUGAUAUUUAGUUAUUUUAACAAAUACUGUUUUGAAAGUGUUGCAAGAAUUUUUGAAUGUUUAAUUGAUGUAAAGUCUAAUUAAUAGAUGAAUGAUAGAUCAUUCUAGAAAGAUGAGCACUUUCUACUCCUGUUUUGGGAGGAAAUAGAUUAAACUGAGAACAAUAAUUAUGUAUAAUUUUCUUAGUUUGAAAUAAAAUUGUGGCAGUGAAUGUAUAAUUCAAAAUUUACUACUUUUUCCAUUUUUUCUUUUUUAAUCUUUGAAUGACUCAGUGUUAUUUCUACUUGGUGCUUGGGUUUUUUUAUGCAUGCUGGACAUCUCUUGAAAAAAACCUGCAUGUUCAUCACAUUCAUACUAGAUGUAUGGACAUGUAAACUCUUGGCAUAUAAUUAUAUAUGAAGAUUGCAUUUGUUGUUCACUACAUUAUUCAAGCAUUUUUCUGAUUUUUUAAACUCAUAUUUGCCUGUAACUGUUUAAAAAAAUGAGAUUUUACUUUGAAAGAUCCAAGAUACUUUUCAGAAUUAUAGGAGUGAGAUUUAUAUCAACAUUGUGUAAUAUUAUAGUACAGCAUUUUACUGUUAUGAUUUUUUUCAGCCCAGAACAUAUUGUUAAGCAGAAAUAAAAUACAGAGGACAGAAAUAACAAUUUAUAUAUACUGCUCUGUCUGGUUACAAAAUAUGAUACUGGCAGAAACCUUUUUUGAAAUAUUGUUAAAAGUCUAUGGAAAAUGGCAAAGAUUGUGUGUUAAAGCUCAAAAUGUUCCAACAAACAUUUUUAGCUUAUUAGUAUUAUGCUUUGAAUAAUAAAAUCUCUUUGAAUGGCC